AAAUUCUCUGCAUUUUGAAUUUCUGAAUCACACUCUCACUCUCACUCUCACCCCACUUCCCCACCCCCUGUGAUUGUCUCUAUCAUCCAACCAAACCAACCACCAUCGUCAUCAAUCAACCAAGAACUUAUGUCAUCUAUUUUCACACCUUUUCUUAUUAUCCUUGUCUAAAAUCCAAGUCCUCCUUCAAAACAAAACAAGAAAUAAAAUAAAUCUGAGACUCAUUUGAUUACAUUAUUGAAGACUUUCUUGGUUUUGAAUUUAUCUUUUUUAUUCAUUAAAUUAGUCCCUGAAUUGGCAUAGAAACCUUUCCUUGUCCCUGUUCACAAUCAUCCUUUUCUUUGUCUUUUCUUCUUCUUUACCCUUUUUCUUUUCUUUUCUUUUUAUAACGUUACCAACACGAACCCAUCUUCUUAAUUUCUUUCAAACUUCAUCAAGUCAUACGCUUGUUCUCACAAAACAUUUAAAUCUUUCUUCAAUGGCUGAGAUCUCUGGCAGUAAUGACCAACAGCCCAUUAUUCUUCAUGGUGACUUGGAUUUAUAUAUCAUUGAAGCAAGAAGUUUGCCUAACAUGGACUUAGUUUCCACAAGAAUUCGCGGUUGCUUCUCUGCUUGUAAUUGUACUAAAAAAUCCACCUCCGCCGCCAGCGGAGGCGCUUCCACCGACGAAGAAAACGAAGACCAGAAACUUCACCACCACAGGAAUAUUAUUACCAGCGAUCCUUAUGUCACUGUUGUUGUUCCUCAAGCUACUUUAGCGAGAACUCGUGUUGUCAAGAAUGCUAAAAACCCAAAAUGGAAACAAAGGUUUUUUAUUCCUUUAGCUCAUCCUGUUACUAAUCUUGAAUUUCAUGUUAAGGAUAAUGAUCUUUUUGGAGCUGAAGUUAUGGGAAUUGUUAAAUUCCCAGCUUCUAAAAUUGCUUCUGGUGAGUCAAUUGCUGGGUGGUUUUCUAUAAUCGGGUCCUCUGGUAAGCCUCCCAAACCCGAUACUGCUCUUCAUUUGGAGAUGAAGUUUACACCUUGUGAGAAGAAUGUACUGUACAGACAUGGUAUAGCUGGUGAUCCUGAACAUAAAGGUGUAAGGAAUACUUAUUUUCCUUUGAGAAGGGGAAGUAGAGUGAAAACAUAUCAGGAUGCUCAUGUUACUGAUGGAAUGUUACCUAAUAUUGAACUUGAUAAUGGGAUGGUUUAUAAGCAAGAGAAAUGUUGGGAAGAUAUUUGUUAUGCUAUUUCUGAGGCUCAUCAUAUGAUUUACAUUGUUGGUUGGUCUGUGUUUUAUAAGAUUAAGUUGAUUAGAGAACCCACUAAGCCGUUGCCGCGAGGUGGAGAUUUAACUCUUGGUGAAUUGCUCAAGUAUAAGUCUGAGGAAGGCGUGAGAGUUUUGUUGCUGAUUUGGGAUGAUAAGACUUCACGGGAUAUUUUUGGUUAUCAAACGGUAGGGUUGAUGGACACCCAUGAUGAAGAAACCCGGAAGUUUUUCAAGCAUUCAUCAGUUACCUGUGUAUUGGCCCCUCGCUACGCCAGUAGUAAGACUGGUCUUUUGAAACAAAAGGUUGUUGGAACAGCAUUUACACACCAUCAAAAAUUUGUUCUUGUGGAUACACAGGCAUCCGGUAAUAAUAGGAAGGUUACUGCAUUUUUAGGAGGUAUUGAUCUUUGUGAUGGACGAUAUGAUACUCCAGAGCACCGAUUAUUUCAUGAUCUAGACACUGUAUUCAAGGGCGAUUUUCACAAUCCUACUUUUUCUGCUACUUUGAAAGUGCCAAGGCAACCAUGGCAUGACUUGCAUUGCAGAAUUGAUGGGCCUGCAGUAUAUGAUGUGCUCAUAAACUUUGAGCAGCGCUGGAGGAAAUCAACAAGAUGGUCCGAGUUUGGACUGAGUUUUAAAAGGGUAACUCAUUGGGAUGACGCAUUGAUAAAGAUUGAACGGAUUUCAUGGAUACUAAGUCCUCCCUUAGCUGUAAAGGAUGGUGUCACAGUAGUUCCACCGGAUGAUCCGACAGUGCAUGUUUCCAGUGAAGAUGAUCCUGAAAACUGGCAUGUUCAGAUAUUUCGUUCUAUUGACAGUGGAUCAUUAAAAGGAUUUCCUAAGAAUGUCCAUGACUGUCAGGCCCAGAACCUCAUCAGUGCAAAAACUCAGGUGAUAGACAGGAGCAUUCAAACUGCAUACAUCCAGGCAAUCAGAUCUGCUCAGCAUUUCAUAUACAUUGAAAAUCAGUAUUUUCUAGGAUCUUCAUAUGCAUGGCCAUCAUACGAGAAUGCAGGAGCUGAUAAUCUGAUCCCAAUGGAGCUGGCCCUAAAGAUUGUCAGUAAAAUUAGGGCCAAUGAGAGAUUUGCAGUAUAUAUUAUACUACCAAUGUGGCCCGAGGGUGAUCCAAAGACUGAAACCAUGCAAGAAAUUCUCUAUUGGCAGAGCCAGACAAUGCAAAUGAUGUAUGAUUUAGUUGCGCGGGAAAUUAAAUCAAUGAAACUUGUAGACACCCAUCCUCAAGAUUACCUUAAUUUCUACUGCCUUGGUAAUCGAGAAGAAAAUCCACAGCCAAGCACUAAUGGUGAAACGGUCUCUGAUGCUUAUAAAAAUCAGAGGUUUAUGAUUUAUGUCCAUGCCAAGGGAAUGAUUGUGGAUGAUGAGUAUGCCAUUAUUGGAUCUGCCAAUAUUAACCAAAGAUCUAUGGCUGGUUCAAAAGAUACUGAGAUAGCUCUGGGUGCAUAUCAACCCCAUUACACGUGGGCUGCAAAAAAGAAACAUCCACGAGGACAGAUAUAUGGAUAUAGAAUGUCGCUGUGGGCUGAGCAUCUUGGUCAGAAAUUGAUUGAGGAGCCCGAGAGUUUAGAUUGUGUGAAGACAGUAAAUAACAUUGCUGAAGAAAACUGGAAAAAAUACACAGACCCGGAUUUCACACUGCUGCAAGGCCAUCUUCUCAGGUAUCCUUUGCAGGUGGAUGCUGAUGGGAAGGUAGGCCCCCUUCCUGGGUACGAGACCUUUCCUGAUGCUGGUGGUAGGGUACUUGGGGCUCCUGCCAUCAAAGUUCCUGAUAUUUUAACAACAUAAUCGGCCCUCAAAUUCAUUGAAUGACAGAAGAACAAAAAGUAUAUUACGUUGCUGGGUCUCAUAGUUUUUUUUUAUCAAAUUCAAUGAACUAUGCUUAGUUUGAUGUUUCCAUUCUUUCAGUUUGCAACUUAGUGUAAUUUUGUGAUGUGCUGUUGCCGUGUAAAGUGUAUAUGGUAUUGUUGUGCAAGGCUUGACAGGGAUGAUAUGUGAAUAUUGGCUCGUACUAAAUUAAUGGUUUGGAGAUUGUCUUUCACAA